CUGCGCUGUUGUCCGAGAAACCCCAUCGAUACGACCAAAAUCACGGCGUGAGCACGGCCGCCAUUUUACAUCAUCCUGCAGAGCGAAACGUUAGAGGUGGGUCUGCGCCGGGAAGACUUUCCACCUUUUUAUACCCUUCCUUCUGAAACACAUACCACACAACUUGCAGAGCAAUCGGCAGAUUUCUGGAGACAUGGCCACAGAACAUAUUAAUGGAAAUGGUACUGAAGAACCAGUGGACAACCCUGCAGUUACCCAUUCUGAGCACUUCCAGACUUUAUUAGAAGCUGGUUUACCACAGAAAGUUGCUGAAAAACUAGAUGAAAUUUACAUAGCAGGGCUGGUAGCUCAUAGUGACCUAGAUGAAAGAGCAAUUGAGGCCUUGAAAGAGUUUAAUGAAGACGGUGCUCUGCAAGUACUACAGCAGUUCAAGGACAGUGAUCUAUCACAUGUUCAAAACAAAAGUGCCUUCCUGUGUGGUGUAAUGAAGACCUACAGACAGAGGGAGAAACAGGGUACCAAAGUGUCAGAAUCCAGUAAAGGACCAGAUGAAGCAAAAAUAAAAGAACUUUUGGAAAGAACAAGCUAUACACUUGAUGUGACUACAGGGCAGAGGAAAUAUGGUGGCCCACCACCAGAGUGUGUGCAUUCAGGAGUGCAGCCUACUGUUGGCACAGAGAUUUUUGUGGGCAAAAUUCCAAGAGACUUGUUUGAAGAUGAACUUGUUCCACUGUUUGAGAAGGCUGGGCCCAUUUGGGACUUGCGUCUCAUGAUGGAUCCCCUAAGUGGUCUGAACAGGGGUUAUGCCUUUGUCACUUUCUGCACGAAAGAAGCCGCUCAGGAGGCUGUUAAACUGUGUAAUAACCAUGAAAUUCGCCCAGGAAAGCACAUUGGUGUGUGCAUCUCUGUAGCCAAUAACAGACUGUUUGUCGGCUCUAUCCCCAAGAGUAAAACAAAGGAACAAAUUAUAGAAGAAUUUGGCAAAGUCACAGAGGGUCUUACAGAUGUUAUACUGUACCACCAGCCAGAUGACAAAAGAAAGAACAGGGGGUUUUGCUUCUUGGAAUAUGAAGAUCAUAAAACUGCUGCCCAGGCAAGACGCAGGUUAAUGAGCGGAAAAGUAAAAGUCUGGGGCAACGUUGUAACUGUUGAAUGGGCUGACCCAAUUGAAGAUCCUGAUCCGGAGGUUAUGGCCAAAGUAAAGGUUUUGUUUGUGCGAAAUCUUGCAAGUACGGUAACAGAAGAAAUACUGGAAAAGACAUUUGGUCAGUAUGGCAAAUUGGAACGUGUAAAGAAACUGAAAGACUAUGCCUUCAUUCACUUCGAUGAACGAGAUGGUGCUGUAAAGGCUUUAGACGAAAUGAAUGGAAAAGAUUUGGAAGGAGAACGUAUCCAAAUUGUUUUUGCUAAGCCACCAGACCAGAAGAGGAAAGAACGCAAGGCUCAGAGACAAGCUGCUAAAACUCAAAUGUAUGAUGAUUACUACUAUUAUGGCCCACCUCACAUGCCACCUCCCACGAGAGGCAGAGGUCGUGGAGGAGGUAGAGGAGGCUAUGCUUACCCUCCUGAUUACUACGCCUAUGAAGAUUAUGAUUACUACUAUGGCUAUGAUUACCACAAUUACCGCGGUGGAUACGAAGACCCUUACUAUGGCUAUGAAGAUUUUCAGGGAGCUGGUAGAGGAAGAGGGGGUAGAGGAUCAAGGGGCUCUUCCCUAGCCAGAGGCCGCGGAGCCGGUGCUCCUCGGGGCAGGGUUGGCUUCUCCCCGCGUGGUGGUCCUGGAUCAGCAAGAGGCGCCCGUGGUACCAGAGGAGGCCCUCAACAAAGAGGCCGCGGGGUACGUGGUGCGAGGGGUGGCCGCGGUGGAAAUGUAGGAGGAAAGCGCAAAGCUGAUGGGUACAACCAGCCAGAUUCCAAGCGGCGCCAGACCAAUAAUCAGAACUGGGGCUCUCAACCCAUUGCUCAGCAACCGCUACAAGGUGGUGAUCAUUCUGCAGGGAAAAGGGGUCGAGGCCGGUCCUGACCUGUUACUAUGAAGACUGACUUGCUAUGUGGGGUUACACCAGAAGCUGCCAAUGGAUGUGAUGGUAAGGUCAACUCUAUGGUCCAAUGAUAUUCCAGCCUUACAGAAGCACAUCUCCCAGACUGCCACCUAAAGAUCACAAAUGGAUUUGAGAUGAAGUGAAUACGCGGAUGUCUUGCUUUUUUCUGGUAAUGUAUAUGGGAUAAAAGCAUUGCAUUUAACGAGUUUAGUAAGGACUAAUAAAGUUUGUCAGCCUUUGUAAAGGAGAAUAUCUUCCUGAAACGUCAGCUGUAUUUUGCACUUGUACAUUUUGUUUUGGUUUGAAGUGGCUCAAAGGAGCUUGAUGCUGUCUAUAAUGUUGUAAUUGUAAUAACUGAGGCUUUUAUGUUGGAAUAUCCAUGUUACCGGAAUUCUGUUGGAUAGCAGGUUUAGCUGUAACCACCUGGUCUGGUCAGUCAGGCAUUCCAGGAAAAUUGGUUCUUUUUAGAACCUGUUUUUAAUGGGUUGGUUAACUACCUCAGUACAGAGGAUUAAACUACCCUGUCUACUGUAAAUAUGGAAACUUAUUAGACAAAAGGAAGGCUUGUUCCAAAUAAAAUAUGCACAAGAGCAACAGCAGAGCAGAUGAACUUAAUGUAAUGUUUUUUUAUUAAAUGCAUUGUUGCUCUGACACAUUGCGAACAGUCAAACUGGGCAUGUAAAAUAAAUAACUCAUAUAAUGAGUAUGAACAGGCCUUGCUUUUGUCCUAUUAACUGAAAUAGCUGCAGUGCUUUUUCAGAUAAUGUAGUUAUUGGUUGUAUGAUAGUUUAGGAAGAUGUUACUUUUGUUAAAGCUCAAACAUCAGAAAUGAAAUAUAUCAAAUACUGCUUUUGAAAAGCUCUGCGGUGUCCCUUUUUCAGUGGAAGAUGAAAUAUCUUUUUUCUUUUUGAAAGAUGAGGGUUGCUUAAGUACACACAAUUAUGUUUUUUCUAAGUUCAUAAGAUUUGAGUAUUCAACUAAUCAUGCGCAACAUCUCAGGAAAUGGUGUUCCUUCUGAUACAAACAGCUUUUUGUAUGUCAGAUUGUUGAACUUAACAAAUCUUAUUGCUCAGCAAAUUGAAUUCACACCAUAGUGUUGAAAACAGGUGUGAAUUUAUACAUCUGUAAAGGCAGAUAGUCACCCAGGUUAAAGGGAUACUGCAGAUUUGAUUGUUCUACGUAUAACAACGAGGAGACUGAAUUGUUCCUUUGGUUUUGUACACGUUUUUCUCCCUCUACAAUACAUCUGUAUCAGUACAACUGUUACCAGUUUUAAAAGAUUGUUGGUGGCCAACAACCAUUUUUGCAUUCCUGCAAAUAAAUUGUUUUAUACUGUAAGAUGGAGGUGAGUGUAACUUAUUUUUGUAAUAAAGUUUUUGAUUUUUA